AUGGAUUCGGUACUUCCGGUGGCCAUCGCAUCAAUCAUUCUCGGUGCGGUGAUCGCCGUGCUCUUCUUCCAGACCUACUUCCGGAAGCGGACAUCGGAGGUUCAGUCCAUGGCCAAAGCGGAGCCUCAGAAUCCGACACGGAAUCCCAAAUCGAAUCAAACGUUCGCCAAGAAGAAUCAUCCCAAAUCUCACGCGGCCGAUAAGAAUCAGAUCAAGCGGCAUCACCCUCUAGACUUAAACACGUUGAAAGGCCACGGUGACUCUGUUACUUCCCUCUGUUUCUCAUCUGAUGGAAAAAGCUUGGUUACAGCUUGCAGUGAUGGAGUGAUCAGGGUCUUCAAGCUAGAUGAUGCCUCAAGCAAAAGCUUCAAAUUUUUAAGGAUAAAUCUUUCUGCGGGAGGGCAUCCAACCGCUGUGGCAUUUGCUGAUGAUGCCUCGUCUAUCGUUGUGGCUUGUAGUACAAUGACUGGUUCAUCUUUGUACAUGUACGGUGAAGAAAAGCAAAAGGAACAGCAGGCGAAGCUUCCACUUCCUGCGAUCAAAUGGGAGCGCCAUAAUAUCCAUGACAAGAAAGCAGUCCUUACCAUUUCUGGAGCAACUGCAACUUACGGUACUGCUGAUGGAAGUGCAGUCAUUGCUUCUUGUUCCGAAGGGACUGAUAUCAUACUUUGGCAUGGGAAAACCGGGAGGAAUUUGGGACAUGUUGAUACAAACCAGUUGAAGAACCACAUGGCAGCUGUAUCACCAAAUGGACGGUUUUUGGCAGCUGCAGCAUUUACUGCAGAUGUUAAGGUGUGGGAAAUUGUGUAUCAGAAAGAUGGUUCUGUCAAGGAGGUUUCAAGAGUGAUGCAACUUAAAGGCCACAAGAGUGCAGUGACUUGGUUAUGCUUUUCACCAAACUCAGACAAAAUCAUCACCGCUUCAAAAGAUGGUUCAUUAAGACUCUGGAACAUCAAUGUCCGGUAUCAUAUGGAUGAGGAUCCAAAGACCUUGAAGGUGUUCCCGAUUCCACUUUGUGACCCAGCUGGGAAUCCGUUGCACUAUGAUCGUCUCAGUUUAUGCCCUGAGGGGAAAAUACUGGCAACAAGCCAUGGUUCGACAUUGCAGUGGUUAUGUGCUGAAACUGGGAAAGUCUUGGACACAGCUGAGAAAGCCCACGAAGGGGAUAUCACAUGCAUUUCGUGGGCGCCUAAGGCUAUCGCAGUUGGGGAGAGCAAGGCAAUGGUUUUAGCGACAUCAGGCGUUGACAAGAAAGUGAAGCUGUGGGAAGCUCCAAAGUCACAAUCUUUGUAG